AUGCCCAGAUUCCAUGGCAAGGCCGUCCUUCUGGCGGGCUUCUUUGCCAUCCUUACGUUUAUUUUUGUAGUUGGCCCUUCUACAAUCUUUUCAAAAGCAUCCCUUAAAAAUUAUUCUGGCCAACCUAUGACUCCACUUCCUCCAACUGUCCCUCCUAUUAUAAACAAACAUGCAGGCUCCGGUAAAUCUCCAAACCCCUUCAAUGUCCCAGAACCAAACUAUAUUCUUUCAGUCGCAAGUAAACCAGAACUCUCCCACUAUUCAAACAUUGAAGGUAUGCGCCCAGAUGUCCCUUACGAACCUUACCGUCGCACUUCUAGAUCAACAAUCAGCAAGCACUUCCGUGAGAUCUUCAGCAUCAUCAAACGUGCAGACCCCCAGCUUAAGGAAAUCCUUAAUGACUACCCCAAUGGUAAAUCUCCUAGUCACUUUCUCGACGAGGUUUACUCGGAAUCUUUCCUCUCAAAGUUCCUCCAAGUUAACGAUGAACAACUUAAAAACCUUACAAAGGCUCACGACUUGGCCUUUAAGGAGUUCCCUAAAAACCCCCCCAACCGUAUGUACGCUGGUACUGGUGCUGUUUACGUCGGUGGAAGUAACUUUAUGGCAUCUGCUGUCCACGCUGUCAAAAUGUUUAGAAACGUCAACCGUGACAUGCCCAUUGAAGUUAUGGUUGAAAUCCCUGAAAAUUAUGAAAAGGAGAUUUGUGAAAACGUCCUCGGUGCUUUGAAUGCCCGCUGUGUCGUUAUCUCCGACGAAUUGGGACCAGAGGUUAUGAAGAAUUUUACCUUUCGUGGAUUCCACUACAAGGCCUUGGCCCUUAUUGCCUCCUCCUUUGACAAUACUAUUUUGCUUGAUGCUGACAACUUCCCUAUUGUUGAUCCUGCGUCGGUGUUUGAAUCGGAGCCCUUUAAGGAAACUGGAAUGAUUCUUUGGCCCGAUUGGUGGAAGCGUACCGUUUCUCCCUUUUUUUACAAGGUGGCUGGCAUUAAGCUUGGUGACCGUGUUCGCGGCGACCUCUCGGUAACUGACCCUAAAAAGGUCCCAAUGACUGAUCGCGAUAGAGCCCUCCCAGGAAUGUCUACAGAAUCUGGCCAAAUCGUCAUUUCGAAAAACCGUCAUUACUUGACAUUGCUCAUGUCUCUUUAUUAUAAUAUCUAUGGUUAUGGCAUUUAUUAUCCCUUGUUGAGUCAAGGAGCUCAAGGUGAGGGCGACAAGGAGACGUUUGCAGCCGCUGCAGUGGUUUGCAAAGAUAAUGCUUAUUACAUUAAAACUGGGCCUCGUGCCACUGGUCACUGGGCCCUCGAUAAAUUCCAGGGCAUGUCAAUGAUGCAAUCGGACCCCCAGGAAGAUUAUCUCUACACUCAAAGCAAGUCUCACAGCCGCGGAAGUUUUGACCAUGACCCUCGCGUCAUGUUUAUGCACAACAAUGUCAAGAAGAUCAACCCACCAUAUUUGUUUGAAAUUCACGCAACAAUGCGUCAACGCAUGCCACUGUCUCCCAUACUAACGGACGAGGAGCGUAAGGACAAGACCCAAUCUGAAAUUGAUGCUUUACUGGAAGCCAAGGCCAAGGAUCAGGACCUGUAUCGACUACGAUAUCACGGGAACUUGAAUGAGGUAAGACAUUUGAUGGCCUUGGAUUCUGAUCUUGAGUUGGAUAUUUGGGAGGCGGCUGAGUGGGAGAUUUGCUAUGUUGCAUUGGAGCUGGAUAUUCCUAUAAAGCAAUGGAAUGAGACUUAUGGUACAGAUAAGUUGAAACAAGCAUGUCAGCGGAUUCAGCGACAUGUGGAUUGGCUACGGACGACACCAUCACAAAAGUAUGUGAGACUGCCGAUGGAGCUUGAGGAAGAUAGGAAGAAGAAGGAGGAAGAGGAGAAUAAGAAGAAGGUUGAGGAGGAAAAUAAGAAGAUUGAAGAGGAAAAGAAGAAGAAGGAAGAAGAGAAGAAGGUUGAUGAUGAAAAGAAGAAGAAGGAGGAAGAAGAAAAGAAGAUUGAAGAAGAGAAGAAGAAGAAGGAAGAAGAGAAGAAGAAGGAGGAAGAAAAGAAGGAGGAAAAGAGAAGUGAGGAGGAAAAGGUUCGUGAAAAGGUCAAGGCUGCGGCAGAGGCUUCUGCUUCGCCAGUGUCACCUGUGUCGCGGGCAGCAUCUGCAGCAGCAUCUGCAGCAGCAUCAGGAGCAGCAUCAGGAGCAGCGUCAGGAGCAUCUGCAGGAGCAGCAUCAGGAGCAGCAUCAGGAGCAGCAUCAGGAGCAGCAAAAGCAUCGGGAACCCCAUCUGGGGUUAAGUCGGUGAUUGCAUCUGCAUCGGCGUCAGCUUCACCAUCUCCAUCACCAUCGCCUUCACCUUCACCAACACCUUCGCUUUCUCAGCGACAGUUGUUAAAGUUGGACAAGAAGGAACGAGAGGUGGUGAAGAAGGAUUUGCAGGCCAAGGCCAAAGAGAUGGAGAAGAUGUUUGAGAAGGAAAUUAAUGCGGAGGUUAAGGAGGAGCUUAAGAAGGAGGAGAAAGAGAAACCAAAGGAACAGUCUAAUUAA